GGGAGAGGAGGGUUGCACGGAAAGGGGAAAUUUCCAAGAAAAGAGGGAUCUGCGGCAAUAUCUGCACCUCGGGUGAUGAAGAGAGAACCCACAGGCAUAAAUGGCUGGGAGAGAGCUGAAAUCUUUGCCGAGGAGAUUGGGACCGCGGGGUUAUUUUCCACCUGCCUCCCCUACCCGGUUCUGUAAUCCUGGCUCAAAGUAGACAAGUCGAGUUGGAGCUGAAGAAGGGAGGCGAUGCCACACCUCCCGAGGACACUGGGGACAUCGGGUUUUGCUGAGCUGAGCAUCUUUUCACCGUCAUACCGAAGGCAUCAGACAGACGCUCAUCUGCCCUGAAGUGCAGAUCUGCAACAGCUACCGAGAAGACUCUGUCUCUCUGUCUCUCUGUCUCUCUUUCUCUCUCUCUCUCCAGUCCAAACCAUUACAAGACCUGACUUCCACCAUCUGGGAAUCUAACCCCUUUUAUGUCCCUUCUCCUUUUUCUACGAUGACUCACCAUUAUUUUUAACUUUGAAGAGAGAGGAAAUUAUGGGGAUCUUGGAAGCCUGUAUUUCUCUCUAGGAUUUCCCCAGGGUCAGAUAAUCGGUGUUACUAAGAGACACUAAGAUUUGGCUUCUCCAGGUAAUGUGAUUUGUUUUCUGUGUGCCAUGGUGGUUUGCAGAGAAUGACAGGAGCCGGGACACCAGCGGUCGAGGAGGGGGACUGCAGUGGUCCGCGGGGCAGCCUGCGCCGGCGGCUGCAAAUCCAGGCAGCCGCAAAGCUCGCCCGCUUGGCUGCCGGCAGGGAGGGCAACAUGUCGCCUCGCCGCUUUACGGCCAGGGCAAGAGGAUUGGGAAGGUGUCGAACUUAAAGGAGUUAGAGCUUUCCUAGAGGGUAGAUUGCCUGAGAUUGCAUGGUUAAAUGUUAACCCUUCGCUGCAUGCCUGGAAAUGAGCUGAGCCUGGUCCACCUCUCCCCGGCGCCCCGUGGGGUCCCAUCACCACUUUAGGGCUGGCUGGGGUUAUUUUUCUUCCUUCCUUUUUCGUCCCUUCCCCCUCCUUUUUUUUUUUUUUUUAAUUGGAAUUUUUAUUUUUAGCCAAAAAAAGAGUUCUGGAUUUCCAAUGCCAGGUUCUUCCACGCUGGUUCUGAAUAGGUGACAGUGCCUCAGGUGUUUUCUCUCUUCCACCUAAUGGGUUUAGAUGGGAGUUUUUGAACUUUGUCCCAAAGAAGGCAGAUUAACCCCCCCGAGGAAGGGGAUAGACAUGCAAGCGAAGGGAGCUGCUCUCCUCCCCCCAACUUUAUUUCAUCUCUCUCUUUCUCAGCAGGGGCAAUUUUCUUUCCUUUAUUUUUAUUUUAUCUUUUUUUUUUUUUUUUUUAAAUCAUCCCUUCGCCUUUUCAUGAGACACUUCCAAACCUACGUACCUGUCCUUCUGCAGGAUAGUAGCCCUGCCCUGAAUCCGAUCCCACCACCGGGCACUGGGAAGAGUUUAGCAUAAGGAUUUCUUUUAAACCCCAAUAUGACAGUUGCUACCGGAGAUCCUGCAGAUGAAGCUGCAGCUCUUCCCGGUCACCCGCAGGACACGUAUAACCCUGAGACCGACCAUGAAUGCUGCGAGAGGGUGGUCAUUAAUAUUUCGGGUCUGCGCUUUGAGACACAGCUCAAGACACUAGCCCAGUUCCCAGAGACCUUACUAGGGGAUCCUAAAAAGAGAAUGAGAUAUUUCGACCCGCUCCGGAAUGAGUAUUUCUUUGACCGGAACAGACCCAGCUUUGAUGCGAUUUUGUACUAUUACCAGUCUGGUGGGAGGUUGCGAAGGCCCGUUAACGUGCCCUUAGAUAUCUUCUCGGAAGAGAUCCGUUUCUAUGAACUGGGGGAAGAAGCGAUGGAGAUGUUUCGGGAGGAUGAAGGCUACAUCAAAGAAGAGGAAAGGCCAUUGCCUGAGAAUGAGUUUCAGAGACAAGUGUGGUUGCUCUUUGAGUACCCCGAGAGCUCAGGCCCUGCCAGGAUUAUAGCUAUUGUCUCCGUCAUGGUGAUUUUAAUCUCCAUCGUCAGCUUUUGCCUGGAAACGUUGCCCAUUUUUCGGGAUGAGAAUGAAGACAUGCACGGCAGCGGGCUGAGCCAUCCCCCCUACUCCAACAGCAGCAUGGGCUACCAGCAGUCCACCUCUUUCACAGACCCCUUCUUCAUCGUGGAGACGCUUUGCAUCAUCUGGUUCUCCUUUGAGUUCUUGGUGAGGUUUUUCGCCUGCCCCAGCAAGGCUGGGUUUUUUACCAACAUCAUGAACAUUAUAGACAUCGUAGCCAUCAUUCCCUAUUUCAUCACCUUAGGGACGGAGCUGGCCGAGAAGCCGGAGGAUGGUCAGCAAGGCCAGCAAGCCAUGUCCUUGGCCAUCCUUCGAGUCAUCCGCUUGGUGCGGGUCUUCAGGAUCUUCAAACUCUCCCGACACUCCAAGGGGCUGCAGAUCCUGGGGCAGACUCUCAAGGCCAGCAUGCGGGAGCUGGGCCUCUUGAUAUUUUUCCUCUUCAUCGGCGUCAUCCUCUUCUCCAGCGCCGUCUACUUCGCCGAGGCCGACGAGAGCGAGUCCCAGUUCCCGAGCAUCCCCGACGCCUUCUGGUGGGCCGUGGUUUCCAUGACGACUGUUGGCUACGGAGACAUGGUCCCCACGACCAUCGGGGGGAAAAUAGUGGGUUCCUUGUGUGCCAUCGCUGGCGUAUUAACGAUUGCCUUACCAGUGCCCGUCAUAGUGUCUAACUUCAAUUACUUCUACCACCGGGAGACAGAGGGAGAGGAGCAGGCUCAAUAUUUGCAAGUAACCAGCUGCCCAAAGAUCCCCUCUUCCCCUGACCUAAAGAAAAGCAGAAGUGCCUCUACUAUUAGUAAGUCUGAUUAUAUGGAGAUUCAGGAAGGCGUAAACAAUAGCAAUGAGGAUUUUAGGGAGGAGAACUUGAAGACAGCCAAUUGCACGCUAGCUAACACAAACUAUGUGAAUAUCACCAAAAUGCUAACCGAUGUCUAGUCGCUAAAAUCUAGUAACGUAUUUAAAGCUGAAGUGGAACAAUUGCAGAUAUCGAGUGCUGCUCUGCAUUGUAGUUAAUACAGUAUUUUCUACGGUGUAUAUUUGGUUCUGCAUGGGAAGCAAUAGCUGUGUAAGUGACUUUUAACCUUUGAUUUCCACACCGAAUAAGCACGUUCGUGCAAAGGAAAAAAAAAAACCAAACCAACAAACCAUUUUGUUUCCCUUCUCCCAUCCCAGGCUUGUGGGUUUCCAAAGGUACGGAGCAGAUGGGCAUUUCGAGCAAUGGGAUGGGGAUGCGGGGGGCAGCUCCGGCCCAUCCUGGGGUACCAUGAAAGGCGGUCCCUGUCCCGCGGAGCUGGGUGACAGCCAGCUUCCAGGCGUGGGGGGCGGCUGGGAAAGGUCAGGCAGAGCUUAGUGAAGGGAAGAUGCGGUCGUGUGGCCGAAUUGCUUGAAGGCUCGGGUUUCUGCCCCGGGAAUGCCAAGUGUGAACGCAUCGCCCAGGCUCGUGUUUCAUAACUGAAAAUGCUGCAUGCUGCAAUAGUUUCAGCCACUGCAGUAUGCCAGUGUGAGGCCCAGGGGAGGGAUAAUUAGUAUGACGGCACAUUAUUUAUUAAGUCUUAAAUUUUCUAUGCUAGGCAUCGGGAGGGAUGAGUAAAUAAAUCAAGAGCUUGGAUUUUAUUUAUUUAUUUAGAUGACACUUCCAUCACCAAUAUUUCCAGGAUCACCAAAGACACCUCCACUGACACAUUGAAAAUGAGUUGGAAAAAGCAUCUUUUUUUAUAUCUAUAUAUAAAACUGGAGCAACUAUGCUGUGGCCUAUAAUAUAUUUAUACUGCAGUGAAAUUUAACCAGUAAUACAGUACAGCUGCAUGGAUAUUUGUUGCAUGAAUCUGAAUAUUUAAUACACACACAAAUAUAUAUUUUCUUAGUAGACUAUACAGUAUUCAUGUUUAUAGUGUUUAUAGAUUCUCCGGUGGCUCGAAGGAGACUCAUGGAAGUUAAAAACUCUCCAUUAUACUUAAAAACUAGAUGGGAAGGCAUGUGCUGACAACAGCUUGAUAGAUAUCAAGGCAAAGCCUGAGUAUCCGAGUAUCCAGACACGAGAGCCGACUAACGCAAGCAAGGGAAGGUGAGCUGAAAGUUAAACACCUGCACUCAUUAUAGGGCGAGUAAUUAGUCAUUAAUCUUAGUGUCAUGAGCAGAAACCACGGUGGACCAGAGAGGGCACGAGGAGCAGGUGGAAUAGCAGGUACCGGCUCUCCUGACCUGUCUGUUCAGCAAUUUCAGCCAUUUCCCGUACAAUUAUUGUGUGUGUGUAUAUAGAUAUUUAGAGAGCGACUAUAGGGCCAAAUCCUCAGCAAGCGUGAGGGCUCGGGGCGCUGGGGGCUCCCUGGCUGAGGGCUGUUGGGGUGGUGGUGUGUGGGCUGCAGCAGGGCAGCCUGCGCCGGGGCGCCCGCGGGAUCGCCAGGGCAGGGUGCGUUUUGGGCUGCAAAACUCAGCUAAGCCACGUAGAGCCUCAGCGCUGGUGGUUUAUUUCCUUCCAGUGGCAAUAGGUGCUGAGGCCGGGAUGGGUCUGAGCUCACGCCUCUGAGCCUUUGCUUUGCCUUCCUGCAGGGUUUUAGGAGGGGGAGUCGAGGUGCAGAGACCUCAGGUUCAUCCCAGCCUCUUCUUCAUCCCCGGUGUUAUUCAGGGAUAGGUGGGAGCUGUUGGUCCAGGGGGGAUCUCAUCUGCUUUCCCCACUCCCAUCUGGAUUUCCUUGUGUUCUGCCCCAUUGCCAACAAUCCCUAGGGACGGGCGCCCCAUUCCUCAGUCAGAUCAGGGGAGAGGGAUGCAAACCUCUUCCAAGAUCAUGGUCAAGCAAGGCCUCCCUGGGGUGUGGGAUGGGGGGUUUAGCAGCCUGUUGAGCUGGGGUGAAUUUGGGUGGAACUGGGGCACGGUCAGUGCUGUAGCGCAAGGAGGGAACCCCACUGCAGCGCGUGAGGGAGGUUGGUCAAACCCUUCCUGAGCUCAGAGAGGAAAACCAUACUAAUAACAAUAAAAUAAAUGGUGCUAGCGUAUUCUACAGCAAUGGUUCAAAGUGCUGCUUUAGGACCGGAUCCCUUGUGCUGGUGUGGCUCCACUCGGCCAGGUGGAAUCUCUCCUUAGUUUUAUUUUAUUGAUUGAUUGAUUCAGGCCUGGCUAUAAUUAACACCAAGUGUCCAUGGUUAGUGCAUGAGAGUCCUGGCUUCUGUGUGGUGCAGAGGACCAGCAGCAUCAAUGCGUUGCAUCUCAAAGAUGCUCAGCACCACGCAGCAUGGGGGCCCCAGCCUGUCUUUAAUUAUAGCUCAUUAUAUUAGGAGCCUUCUCCUCCCUCUCUGCUGCUGCAGCAGCUCUGAAAUGGGAACCCCUGAAACGCGUUGACAUCUUAAACACACACAAAAAGAAACUACGCAACCAAAAGCGAUAAAUCUCUGCUUCUGAAGCUCAUCCCGUUGAAUGGGAUGGGGCUGGUGUGAGCCACUGGCUUGGACACGGUGCCCAGGGCCAGCUUCCAUCAGUCCAGCUCACAGUGGGUCCACGGGGAUGGGAGCUUGCGUGGGGAAGCUGCCUGCUGUGCUGGGGUUCUGCCCACCCCACCCAUGGGUGCCCCUAGCACUGGGCAAUCCCAUCCCUGGUGUCCGGGAAAGCACCAAGGCCGAGGACAGGUAGCUGCAGGUGUUUUGGGAGGAUGCUGGCACUCAACGAGACUUUGCAAAGGCUUCAGAUGAUUUGGGGGAGCGUCCUCCAAAGUCCUGGGUGCGUCUUGUGCCCAUGAGUGCCAUUGUGGUUUGGUACAGAGGAAGAUCAUAGUUUUCUGGGAGAGGUGUUGUGUUGGGCACAGUGUCCCUGUGGGCUUUCCAAGGCUGGGCAGGAGUGGAGAGUGGGUCCAUGAGCAGGAUCAGGCACAUCCAAACCCACUCACCAAGCUGGGGGGUCCCGGCUGCCUUGGGAAGCCCCAGAACUGCAUCACGCGGAUGAACAGGGCCAAAGAGCAAGAGGCCACGUUCCCCCUGUCAUCGCCAAGGCGAGCUGGCGUCCGUCCCCAUGGCAGAGGCCAGCACGGCUGGUCCCUUCCUUAGGAUGGAUCCUGCACCUCCUGCGCUGACCCAGGAAGAUGUUCCUGGGGAAAACGAGCCCUGGUGGGAGAACAUCUCUGGGCUGCCCUUGGCACCACAUUUAGGAAAUAGGGAAAACACCCAGAUAAGUGCUCAGAUGUUUGGUUCAGGGCAAAAAAGGUCAGUGGGGGCCGUAGAUGGAAGUGAUCUGUCAGGCUGCAUGAAGCAGAAGGGUCCAGGUUUCUCCCCCACGCAGAGAAAUGCUUCCCCUAUAGCUUUUAAUGGGAUUUGUGCCUGCAGGUCGGAGCUCUAGUGCUAUUUCUAGCUUUGCUUCUGACUCACUGAUGUGAUCUUGAACCAGUUUUCCAGGAGGAGACUGUGAUUUUUUUUUUUCAUUUCUUUUUUUUUUUCUUUAUUUUUUUUCUUAAGGAGUUUGGUGUGAGAGACUCUGGGCCUGUAUCUGCAGAGAAGCUGAGCAUCCAAAACUCCCCUUGAUUCUGAAAGGGUGCAAAAAUAAGCUGCAAAGUGGGUCAGACUGAGGAUGCUAAAUUAGGAACUGGGGAGGGGGAGAGUCCCACCUAACGUAGGUGGUCUGGUUCCUUUCCUCCUCCCAUGGAGGCGUUUGCUUCCCUCCAGAGCUGGGAUGGAGGACUGCAUCUUUCUGGUCUGUGGAGGUGCGCCUGGGUUGGCACCCAGAGGAGACAGCACCUGUAUUUUAGUUUAAGGCUUUGUGCUGUGUUUUUGGAGAGAUGGAAAGUGGUAAUUACAGUGCGGGUUAUCUUCUAACACCCAACCGCAUGCCUGAACCUGUGAGUAACCCAUCAGCCUUCUAAUAUCUUCCAAAAUCUCUGCUGCGAGCAAUGGGGUGAGGCUCAUGUAUCACCUGGACACCACCAAAUUAUUACAGCUGCUAGGAAAAAAAAAUAUCUGUAUGGGGCAAUGAGUUUUACUGGGAAAACUAAUCUCUGCAGCGAUGUUUUAUGUCAAAGUCCUACAGAUUUGAAUGCUGAGCUAUAUGAAGAAAAGCAUCCCUAGAUUGGUGUUGUGAGAGUGUAGCACGUGGGUGUAUAAAUAUGAGCAUAUUUGUGCAUAAAUACACAGAAGGAGAGAAAAAGACAGAGGAGGAAUUUCAGGAAGGGCCUUGCUUUGUUAUCAGAUAAUUCCUGGGUCAGCCCUUGAAAUUGCUGCCAAAGUCUUGUAGCCUUUUCAGAGCUCGUGAUGCACUUAGGGAUGGGCCCGAGUGGAGAAGGAGAUCCGGAUCUGGCCUUGGAGGUGGGAGCAUCCCGAGGGGCUGGUGGCAUCUGGCUCCGCACACCCCUCUGCAAACCAGCAGCUUUGCGGCAUCUCUGUUCUGGAUCCUGAAUCCCUGGCUUGGGCCUGUCACAACCAUUUCUGUCUCUGUACAGGUGAAGCCAAGCAGAAGUCGAAGGGAUUUGUUUGCGAUGGAAGUGCCGUGCUCCACUGGGUGGGUUUUUCAGGGUUGUUUUUGUAAUGGAUGGAUUUUAAGUUCCUCGAACCAAUGCUGGCUUUGGGUCCCAGAGCAGUGGCAAGAAGCAUCUCCCUGUUUUGGAGCCAGGGUGGGUUUAUCUUGAGGUCAAUAUCCAUGGGGGGUUCCCAGCGUUUCUUCUGUCAGUGGGAGUUGGUCAGCAUGCCGCUAGGGCGAAAGGGGCUGAGGGGCAGGGAGAGGCAGAGUCAGCCCCAAACCAUUUUGUUUUGCAACCAAAAAAAAUGCUGUGGCUCCCUCCUCGCACCCCCGGCAGCAUUCAACCUCCUCCAUGCCCAGUGCCUCCCUUGGAGACCUGCUGCUGCCCCUCACCAGGAGCCCCGAGGGGGGCCAGAGUCCCCCCCAUGCACCAGCCCCUGACCUGGCUCCAACCAAAGCACUGCCCUUCCCCAGCCCCGUGUGAACGGCACCCCGACGGCCUCAGUCUCCCCAUGAUGUUACUGCAUUUGGCUGCCCAAAUUUUGCCCCCCCUUCUCAGAAACAGGUGCUCUGACCCUGCUGCCUCCGAUUGUGGGGGACUAGGACCAGCCUCCGGCUGUGUAAAUCAUCCCUGGGAGCACAGCACUGAUUUACACCCGGGGAUGAGAUUCCCCAGCUCAGCUGUAUGUGGUGAGAAAUAAAUUCCUUAUCCGUGUUUUUCUUCCAGGGGGUGGUUUGGCUUGUAGGAGCCGCUGGACUUCAUGUAACCGCUCGAGGUCCACGCACGUGGACCCUCAUGGGGACCACAUUCCCUCCCCAGACUUGCCUGGCUGUCCUGAGCUUGGGGUUGGUCUUUUGGGGUUUGGUUUUUGGGGAUUUUUAAAAAUUUUUUCGGCUGCCUAUAAGACUGUAGUUAUCCGUUUGCGCUUGCUCCCUCAUUGCUUGAGAUUGCGCUCUUGUCCUCCAAUGUCACACGCCGAAGCGCAAGGGGUAAAAAUGGGUAUUGGAUCACCCCUGCGUGCGGUGCCUAAUUUGAGUGAAUCAAUAGGAAGAGGAAAUCCAAGAAGGACUCAUCCUAAGGAUGCUGGAGCUGAACCUUUUGUUUCCAUGGUUACGGGAGAAAUGGGACCAGGAAUGGAGAGAGGCCUAUAAACUGUUAAAGGAGGACUCGUGGGAAUUUCAAGUCAUUUAACCAUGCAUUUGCUAGACAAAAAUUUAGACACCAGCUGUAUCCGAAUUGCACAGUGUGUAUAGACGUUACUGCUCUUAUUGACGACGCGGGGUGUCCUGGGGUUCGGGCGGAUCUACGGGCUGAGAGGCACCCGAGUCAAUAAGGCUGACCGUUGUAUAUAGGUAUACAGUUCUGUGUACAUACAUAUUCCAAAUGAGCAUUUGCUGUCUGGUUUAUCAUGAGUGUAUAUAAUUUAUUCUUCACAGAGUAUCACAAUUUUUGUAAAUAUCGGCACUAAUUAAGAGAAAAUAAAUAUGUAUAUUAUU